GCGAAGGAACGAGAUUUAUUAGCCACCUGCAGAUCUCGCCUCGCGCCCCAGGUGAGGAUUUGCCCCUAGUUACCCCAGAGCUCGUACAGAGUUGAUGGAGGCGCGCGCGAUGAUACGGAAAGCAAGAUCCCCAUCCGCGCGGACCGGAGUCUGUUUGUGGGGGGGUGGGGGUGGGGAACCCUCUCCCUCUCUCCCUCUCUCUCUCUCUCUCUCUCUCUCUCUUGAUGGACAGCACUAGGCGAAGCGCGCGGUGACGUGGAGAGCGAGAGUUCCAUCCGCGCGUACCGGCGUGGAGGGGAGGGGGUUACCGUAGCCCUCCAUCCCUCCCUCUGUCUCCCUCUCUCACACGCCAUGGACGCGGUGGACGCACUCGCGUGCGCCGCGCUGCUGGCCGUGAUGGUCGUGUCCGUGCCGGCCAACGCGCUGGUCCUCGCGUGCUUCGCGUGCAGCCCGGAGAUCCGGCGCCAGGCUCCCGCGCUCUUCACGCUCAGCCUCGCGCUCUGCGACCUGCUGCUGUCCGUGUCCAGCGUGCCGCUCACCCUCGCCGUGCUGAUCGCCGGUAGGCGCGCGCCUGACGCCAACGGCACGGCUACCGGCGGCGGUGGGUGCCGCGCGCUCGGCGCCCUGGAGACGCUCCUGAGCGGCGGCGCGAUGCUGAGCACGGCGGCGCUGAGCGUGGACCGCUGGCUCGCGGUGGUCGUGUCGCCGCUGCGCUACCGCUCGCGCAUGAGGCGACGUCACGCGGCCGCCGCGCUAGCCUGCGCGUGGGCGCACGCCGCGUGCUUCUCGGCGGCGGCCGCGUGCCGCUCCUGGGUCGGGUACCACCGGCUGUACGCCUCGUGCACGCUGCGCGAGGAAGACGAGGAGGAUGACGAGGAGACCACGGUCACAGGGACGGUCCGGCCGGCGCGCGCGCACUUCGCCGCUUUCACUGUCACCUUCCACGCGCUCACCUUCGCGCUGUCGCUCGCGGUGCUCUGCGUCACCUACCGGGGCGUGCUGCGUGUGGCGCGCGUGCACUGCAGGCGCAUCGACGUCAUCACCAUGCAGACGCUCGUGCUGCUCGUGGACAUCCAUCCCAGUGUUCGGCAGCGAUGCCUGGAGGAGCAGAGGAGGCGACGGCAGCGUGCGACCAGAAAAAUCAGCACCUUCAUCGGCACGUUCGCGCUGUGCUUCGCGCCCUACGUGAUCACGAGGAUUCUGGAGCUCUGGCCUGCUGUCCAUAUAAGCCAGCAGUGGGGAGUGCUGUGUAAGUGUCUGACCUACAGUAAAGCAGCGUGUGACCCCUUCAUUUACUCCCUGCUCCGGCACCAGUACAGGAAGACCUGCUCCGACAUCGUCAACCGGAUCCUCAAACGCACCCGUAUGAACUCGUCCGAAUGGCAGCGCCCUAACGGACCCAGCACCAUCCUUCAGGCAAUAGAUUCGGACAGGGGAGAGAAGGAACGGGCGCCCUGAGACGCGAAGGCGCAGACUGGGCGACGCUGAGAAGGCUCUGUUCUCAAAAGCUGUGAUUCAGCUGGUGUUGCGCUCUGCUGUGGGAUGUGCCAAGGCUUGUCAUGGAUUCCAGAAGGUUCCACAUGAUUCCAUUCUAGAAUGGAAGAUUCUAGAAUGUUCCGCCAUACGUGAACAUUCCACAGCCCCUAUGGUUCAGGAGUUCUGGAGAAAUUUUUCUACCACUUUUCUACUCGGUUGAUAACCUUACCGCCGCGCUCGCUGUGGCCGUAAGCUCUGUCCACGUAUUCAGACACUGACGAAGGGUCAAGGCCUCUUGUGGAUGUUUGCGACCGCGAGAUGAUGCAGGAGCCUGACAUGGAUUUUUGACUGACAUGGGAUUUUUCUUGUUCUGAAUCAAAGGUUCUGAUGAGUUUAUGUAUCUCCAAGUCUGCUUGUGAAAUCUACACUGGCUUGUUGUUAGGAGUCGUGGUCGGAUUGUGAGGCUACACUGUUUCCAAAGGAAAUGCAUGCAUUUGGAUAGAUGAGUAUACUGAAAUGUAGCACCUGUAACUAGCUCAACUUGUGCUCCUUAGGUUGGAGUUUAGCUGCUAUCCACUGUAUCAUAAGGACAAAAACUAGUCAUUUUUUAGUAACGCUGUGAUGGAAACAUUUUCUAGAAUUUUUAGUUUCCAAUUCAACAAGCCUGAAAAUCUUAUCCAGUUCAAAAUGCCACAGUCUAAAUCUACUGCAUAGCGUGCUGCUCUGUACCUCUCCCUCUGCCGCUGACUCGCUGGGACCCCCAGAGCGAACGACGGCGGAAAUAAAUACAGAAGCAGGCAGAUCCUCAGCAGAACCCUCUCAUCUGUAAACCAACAGCACGACCUCUGCAUUUUCUUAUUGAAAACUUCCUUUGUGUUUCAGCCCAAUACUUUAGACAGCGCUCUCUGAAACCAAUUAAAGCCUAUGGCUGGCAGCUGAGAGGGGUCGGGGGAGGCCCGGCCGGACCACGCGCAUGCCUGGCCUCUCAGACUGCCAGAGCGAGUGUAGCUUAAUUGACAGGGUUAGCUUGACCCAGAACCACCUAAUGGGCGAAUCUCCACCCUGAGUGUCUGUAGUUCCUUCCUACUCCUGCAUAAUUGCAUUUAGAUCGAGGGCAACUGGUUUAUUGGCUAAACUGCUAGUGCUUAUACUGUAGCUCCCACUGCUGCCAUGAGCGUGGCGGGUAAUUUGCAGCUUCACCCACAGGUGUGUGUUCUGAUGCAGGUACUGAUGCAGUUGCACUGCUAAUGGAAUAAUUCAUAUGAACAGGUUUUGCAAAACGUUAUUUGGCCAAAUGUAAUCUCAUAACGGAAUGUCUGGUGACAACCAUGAGAAAUUAUGGGCUAAACAUUGGUGGGAACGUAAAGUUAGGUUUGGACUAUAAUCCAAUCCGAUAUAAUCCGAUCAUAAUCAAAUUUUUGCAGUAAUCUGAAUACUCAAAGGGUCAUGUAAACAUUUCUUAAAAAUCAGAUUAAGAAAUGUGAUGGAGAGACUGGAUUUUAGCUCAGUAAUCAGAUUUUUCAUGUGUAUUCUACUCUGAUUUCUUUCGGAUAAACACUCAGAUUGGAUUACUGAUGAGAUCUGAUUUUCUGCAGUCGUUGGAUUAUUAAGAGCAUGUAAACACACUCACUGUCAUGCUCACUUGCUUUACUUGUCUUGUCAGCUGCACUUCAGACAUUAAAUGGACUAGAGGAAUUUGGGGGGUUUAGGGCAGACCCUCAUCAGUGGCAGAUUUCUCCACAAUCCAACACCAAAAGUUUGACAAGCUGUACCCAGAUGUGCAUUUUUGUUAUGAACAAAGUCAAAUUUCAUUUACAUCUACGGGAUUUGGCUGACGCUCUGAUCCAGAGUGACUUCCAGUUUGAUCAUUUUACACAGGGAGGUGAAGGUAGUGUUAGGAGUCUUGCCCAGGGCUUAUCGGUACACUGGUACAUUGGUACACUACACACUACACUAACCACCCAUUUCAAAAUCCCUACAUUUAGAUUAUCAUUAAUUUAAACUCCUUAUUUUGUCCGUGUUCUUUAAAGCUAAGAGGCGGUCGUGUUCUGGAGGUCAGGGAACCAGCCCUGUGACCGGAAGGUUGCCGGUUCGAUCCCAUUGGCUGACAGUCCAUGACUGAAGUGCCCUUGAGUAAGGUGCCCAAUUGCUCCCUGGGUGCCGU